CCCACCUCAAAUUUCUUAUUGCUUUGGCAUUUUGAGCUCUAAUAUUAAAAUGGGUGGCGAUGAAAUAGUUCUUCUGAACGGCUGGUUCAGUCCUUUUGGAGCCAGGGUGAGAAUUGCCUUGGCAGAGAAGGGUGUCACUGAGUAUGAGCUAAAAGAAGAAGACGUGUUCAACAAGAGUCCCCUGCUGCUGGAGAGGAACCCGGUUCACAAGAAGGUCCCGGUUUUGAUCCACAACGGGCAAACCGUAUGCGAAUCACUGACAAUAGUUCAGUACAUUGAUGAAAUCUGGAAGGGAAAAUCCCCAUUGUUGCCCUCUGAUCCAUAUCAAAGAUCGGUUGCUAGAUUUUGGGCUGAUUUUGUUGACAAAAAGGUUUACGACACUAUGAAGAGGAUAACAAGAACCAAAGGGGAAGAUCAAGAGAGAGCCAAGAAAGAGCUCCUGGAGAUCUUCAAGUUGCUGGAAGGAGAGCUUGGGGACAAGCCUUAUUUCGGGGGGGACGAGUUCGGGUUGGUAGACAUUGCACUGGUGCCAUUUUACAGCAGGUUUUAUGCAGUGGAGACCUUUGGGAAAUUCAGCAUAGAAGCAGAGAGCCCAAAGCUGGUGGCUUGGGCUCAAAGGUGCAUGGAGAAAGAAAGUGUGUCCAAUUCCCUUCCAGAUUCAAAGAAGGUUUAUGAGUUUGUUUUGGAUGUCAAUAAGAAGUUAGGAAUAGAAUAGAGGAGGGGGGAUGAGAUAAAUGAACCUGAAGCUCAUUCAAUAUUUUUGCAGGUCAUAAGGCAUGUAAUAAAUGG